CUUUGUGCUUUUAUAUUAGUGCAGGAACAGGGAGCGGAAAGAGAGGAAAGGCAGAACAGAGGAAGAAACGGAGAGAUGGCAGCCACGGCGUCCCUGAAGAGCAGCCUCCUCCUGCCUUGCCCUAUCUCUGACUUCAGUGGUGCAGCCCUUUCCAUCUCAACCCAGAAGAGGAGGAGGUCAUGGCAGCCAAGGGGGACAAGGAUUCAGGUGUCAGCUGCUGCAGACUCCAAGAACAUUCUUGUCAUGGGGGGAACAAGGUUCAUUGGUGUCUUCCUGUCCAGGCUCCUUGUCAAGGAGGGCCACCAGGUCACAUUGUUCACUAGAGGAAAGGCGCCCAUCACCCAGCAGCUGCCAGGAGAGUCUGAUGCCGAGUACGCUGAGUUCUCUUCCAAGGUUCUGCACUUGAAAGGUGACAGGCAAGACUUCGAAUUCGUCAAGACAAGCCUUGCUGCUAAGGGCUUUGAUGUUGUUUACGACAUCAACGGACGCGAGGCUGUCGAGGUUGAGCCUAUAAUAGGCGCCUUGCCCAACCUGGAACAGUACAUCUAUUGCUCAUCAGCAGGAGUGUACCUGAAAUCAGACCUGCUCCCACACUUUGAGAACGACACCGUAGACCCGAAGAGCCGGCACAAGGGGAAGCUGGAGACGGAGAGCAUGCUGACCUCGCGGGGCGUGAACUGGACGUCAAUCAGGCCGGUGUACAUCUACGGCCCGCUCAACUACAACCCGGUCGAGGAGUGGUUCUUCCACCGGCUCAAGGCCGGCCGCCCCAUCCCCAUCCCCGGCGCCGGCAACCAGAUCACCCAGCUCGGCCAUGUCAAGGAUUUGGCAACGGCCUUCGUCCUGGCUCUCGGCAACCCGAACGCGAGCCGGCAGAUCUUCAACAUCUCCGGGGCCAAGUACGUCACCUUCGACGGGCUCGCACGGGCAUGCGCGAAGGCUGGAGGGUUCCCUGAACCGGAGCUCGUUCACUACAACCCCAAGGACUUCGAUUUCGGGAAAAAGAAGGCCUUCCCGUUCAGGGACCAGCAUUUCUUCGCGUCGAUCGAGAAGGCGACAAGGGAGCUAGGGUGGACGCCGGAGUUCGACCUCGUGGAGGGGCUCACCGACUCGUACAACCUCGACUUCGGUCGCGGCACGUACCGGAAGGAGGCCGACUUCACCACGGACGACAUGAUCCUCGGCAAGAAGCUCGCGACCGUGUGAUCCCGUCCUCGGCUGUCGGAUGGCUAGUUGGCUGUGUGUGGUGCAACCUCCAAGCUGCUGGGAUACAAUUUGCUCGCUGUGGAUGUGCAGAAAACAUGAAAAUGAUCUCAAUUUUGGUGUCAA